AUGACUCAUAUCUCCCAAAUGUAUCCUAACGUUGAAAUCACUUAUAGACCCGCAAGCGCUGUCAAAAACAAAUUGUCUUUUAUUGGAGGCAAUAUUCGAUCUUCACCAUUUUCACAAACUUUCACAUCAUUUGAAGGCGAAGAUCGUUCUAAUUGGCCAGCAGAAAACGAAGAAGAGGAAAUAUUGAUAUUCAAACAAAGAACGAUCGAAAGUUCGUUGUUUGUGAUAAAUUGUAGUUUUCCACUUACACGUGUUCGAGUUACAAAAUCUUCUUUUGAUAUUCUUCAAAUUUUGUUGAAUGAUUUGGUAUUAUGGCAACCUAAAAAUAAUAGUGCUGCUAAUGAACAAGUUAAUCACGUCAAUUUAGCUGAAAGUUACGAUUAUAGAUCAUAUCAGCCAGUUUAUGGAAUGGAUUCUUAUGAUUCUGAAAAUCAUGAAAUGAGAAUGAGACCUGAGGGAAGUUUCAUGGGAUCUCGAAUGGACAUUUCAAUACCGUCGAGGCCUAGUCUCGCGUCAAUUGUUCAAUCGGGUAAUCAUGCAGAAUCGGGGCGUCAUUAUCAACUCAAUAUGUCAGAUUUCAGAUUCUUUACUGUCGUUAAACAUGAAGGAAAAAAUGAUACUUACGUUGUACUAGAUAAUGAUUAUUUGGAUUAUUUGGAUAUAACAACGCAAGACAAAACACAAAUAUUAUGCCGUACAUUGAACAAGGGUCUGAAGGCAAAAAAUACGCGCCCCAUGAUGUCUUUAAUCAUGCUUAUCUCUCUUGACGUCGUAGUAAACAUGAAGGAAGUGAAUUUAACUUUAUCUGUUAAUGGAAUAACUUUACGGAUUUCUCAGGAUACAAGAUGGAUAGAUGACUUGGUCUCAUUCUUUCAAGAACCAGAAAUGAAGACCUUUAUAGAACUUCCUAGUCAAUUUACAAAGUUGUCAGUGACAAUAAAUGAUUCUUCAGUAGACUUUAAUCCGAAAAACAUUCCUGGGCGUAUUAUCCUAGUUCUUGAUAGUUUAAAGGCAUCGAGUAAUAUAAUAUCCGAAUCACCAAUGUUUGAUACAAAAUUAAUUGGUCAAAAUUUGGAUUUAAUGCUUGUCGGUGAUAAAAAAUCAAUUGAUGAGCGCGCGAUAAAUCGACUCGCCUCAUCAACUAUUGACGUUAAAAAGUACUGGCAGACUAUGGGAUUCGUUAAAGCCGCUUCUCUCGACUUUGUAGAAGUCCAACUUCACAGUACUAAAGCAGAUAUUUAUCCGAAAUUUGAGCUUGAUAUUACUAAUGAAAAUCUUACGAUCGAAAUAUGUGCGGACACAUUCCAAACAUUAUUGAAUAUGGUUAAUCAUUUAAACCCAAAAGCAGAAGAUCCGGAAAAGGGACGAAAAGCUCCUCAUAUAACAACUGAUCCUGUUGUCCAAAAUAUGCUAGCGAACUUGGAUGAGUAUGCCUUUGAUUCAAAAUCAAAAUCUC